GGUGCUUCCGUCGCUUGGCCUCGCCUCCCCGGCGCCGCGGCAGGAAGCCGGAAGCGGCCGGGCGCUGGGCUGGCAGGGCGAGAGCGGAUCGGUGGAAAAGAAAACUCUCUAGUUAACAGAGCAAAGAUGCAGAGCACUUCAAAUUAUCUCUGGCUAUUGUCUGACAUUCUAGGACAAGGAGCUACUGCAAAUGUUUUCAGGGGACGACAUAAGAAAACUGGGGAUUUAUAUGCUGUCAAAGUAUUUAACAGUAUAAGUUUCCUUCGUCCCGUGGAUGUUCAGAUGCGAGAGUUUGAAGUAUUGAAGAAAUUAAACCAUAAGAACAUUGUCAAAUUGUUUGCCAUUGAAGAAGAGACAACGAGCAGACACAAAGUACUGGUUAUGGAAUUUUGUCCAUGUGGGAGUUUAUAUACAGUUUUAGAGGAGCCAUCUAAUGCCUUCGGUCUACCAGAGUCCGAGUUCUUAAUUGUUUUGAGAGAUGUGGUGGCUGGGAUGAAUCAUCUCCGGGAGAAUGGAAUAGUGCACCGUGACAUCAAACCAGGCAAUAUAAUGCGUGUCAUAGGGGAAGAUGGUCAGUCUGUUUACAAGCUUACAGACUUUGGUGCAGCAAGAGAACUCGAAGACGAUGAACAGUUCGUUUCUCUCUAUGGCACGGAAGAGUACUUACAUCCUGAUAUGUAUGAGCGAGCAGUUUUGAGGAAAGAGCAUCAGAAAAAGUAUGGAGCAAGAGUUGAUCUGUGGAGCAUAGGAGUGACCUUUUACCAUGCUGCAACAGGGAGUUUGCCUUUUCGACCUUUUGAAGGACCUCGUAGAAACAAGGAAGUGAUGUAUAAAAUAAUCACUGGAAAGCCUUCUGGUGCUAUUUCUGGAAUACAGAAAGCAGAAAAUGGACCAAUUGAGUGGAGCUGGGAGAUGCCUGUUUCUUGUAGCCUGUCAAAGGGUCUGCAAGUGCUGCUCACGCCUGUCCUUGCGAAUAUUCUUGAAGCAGACCAGGAGAAAUGUUGGGGAUUUGACCAGUUCUUUGCAGAGACGAGCGACAUACUGCACCGAAUAAUAAUCCACAUCUUUUCGCUACAGCAAAUGACCUUGCACAAAGUUUAUAUUCACAGCUACAAUACAGCUGCUAUAUUUCAUGAGUUGGUCUACAAACAGACAAAAAUACCAUCUCAGAAUCAAGAACUAAUAUAUGAAGGUCGACGUUUAAUACUGGAGCCUGGCAGACUGGCACAGCACUUCCCCAGAACCACUGAGGAGAAUCCUAUCUUUGUAGUAAGCAGGGAGGCUGUGAACAUCAUCGGAUUAAUCUAUGAAGAAGUUUUGCUUCCCAAAGUACACCAACGUUAUGAUUUGGACGGGGAUGCCAGUAUGGCCAAAGCAGUAACAGGUAUCGUAUGUUAUGCCUGUAGAGUUGCCAGUUCUUUGCUACUUUACCAGGAGCUGAUGCGAAAAGGAAUACGAUGGCUGAUUGAAAUAAUCAAGGAUGAUUACAAUGAAAUGGUUCAUAAAAAGACAGAGGUUAUCAUCAGGCUGGAUUUCUGCAGCAGAAACAUUGAGAAAGCUGAGAAAAUAUAUGAGAAUUUAAUGCAGAUUAACUUGGAAGCAUCAGAAGUGGAUGAAAUUUCCGAGAUACAAACAAAACUGUUACGACUCUCCAGCUCUCAGGGCAUGAUAGAAACUAAUCUUCAAGAUAUCAAAACCAAACUUUCUCCUGGUGGUUUACUGGCUGACACCUGGGCAAAUCAGGAAGGCAUGCUCCCAAAAGACAGAAAUCCAGAAAGGCUGCAGGCACUGCUGUGUUCCAUCACAAAUAUUUAUUAUCAGUUCAAAAAAGACAAAGCAGAACGAAGGCUUCCUUAUAAUGAAGAACAAAUUCACAAGUUUGACAAGCAGAAGCUGUAUCUGUAUGCUACAAAAGCCAUAACUCUAUUCAAAGAUGAAUGUGUCAGCAAGUAUGAUACAUUUUUGGACAAGGCUGAGGACUGGACAAGGAAAAUGAUCCACACGAGGAAGCAGUUGCUGACUAUCACUAACCAGUGUUUUGAUAUUGAAGAAGAGGUGUCCAAAUACCAGGAUUAUAUAAAUGAGUUACAAGAUGCUCUGCCUCAGAAAAUGUUUGCAGCUUCCAGUGGGAUGAAACAUACCAUGAAUACAGUGUAUCUAAGCUCAAACACAUUAGUGGAAAUGACUGUUGGUAUGAAGAAACUAAAGGAGGAAAUGGCAGGGGUUGUUAAAGAGCUGGCUGAGAACAAUCACUUAUUGGAAAGGUUCAGUGUGUCGACUAGGGAUGGUGGCCUGCGGAACGUGGACUGAUGUAGCAGCCAAAGAAUCUGAAGAGGACUUGUACAUUUUUUUCAAAGAGAAAAACAAAGAUUACUCUUGGGACUUUUAAAGGCAGACAAUGAAUUUGUAUCCAGGGGGUUUUUCCCCUCUACAGUUGUAGUAUUAAAAAAGAUGUAUAUAUGUAUAAUAUGUAAAUAUAAAAGAAAGAUAUAUCUUUGUGGUUUUUAUGGUCAGCGUUAGGAUAGACUUACUCCUGGCAGGGAAUUUAGUCCCUCGGAGGAUCUCUGACAAAGUCCUUAAGGAAAGAGCUCUGUUGAUAACAUUGACAUUUGUUUGCUUGGAAUAUUGUCCUUUGGGAUUUUUUUUCCAGAAUGCAAUUUAAUCUAUAUUGCAAGAAGACUUGCAGACCUUGUAAACAUUAAGAAUAGAGUGUUUUGGAUAUCCUGUAACCGCCACUAUGAUUCGGGAGUGUCGCCGAAUGACUCUGACCAUCACAAAAGGUGACGACAGUUUUAAAUGCCAUCUUUUUAAGUUGGUGUGAACAGGGACUAAAAGAGCAGACAGGACAGAGUGGAAAGGCUUUUCCUCCUUCCUUCACAUACAAACUGUUAGUUCACUUUUGCCUGAUAAAAAAAAAUAAUGAUAUUUUUUUAAGUUCUCCAUAUUUGGUGCCAUAUUGUCUGUAAUCGUUUGACUGCUCUGUAUAUGGAAGUUUUGCACUCCAGGUUGUCAUUGGACUAGAUGAUCUCCAGAGGUCCCUUCCAACCCUACCAUUCUAUGAUUCUGUGAUCCUGAAUGUAAAACGCCCUUUUGUAGAAUACAGCACUUUCAGAGUUUCCCUGAAAUCAUGUUGCUCACCACAAGAGAAGCAGGUUGUUAAAAUGAAACAGCUUUUUCAGAAUCCUGUUUGCAGGAAUAUUUUUUUUAAAAAAAGGUUAUAAAUUGGAUUAGGAGCAUUUGAGGGCAGUCAGUAGACUGGGCAGCAUCACACCUCAGUGGUAACUGAAAAUUGGAAAAAUUAGGUUUCCAGUCUAGAUCCAAGAGAGGCACACCCACAGCUGAUUUACAACUGCAGGAGGGUUGGACUAGAUGAUAUGUAAAGGUCCCUUCCAACCCUACCAUUCUAUGAUUCUAUAACUGAGAUCUCAAACUUGGGAGGAAAAUUUAGUAAGGCUACAUAUUUAUUUUCCCGUAUCAGGUGUUACUACUUUCAGUACUCCAUGAUGAGGAUUGUCAUGGUUUGACAUGACAGCCUUUUCUGGUAAGGGGGAAGGGGCUGUAAAGAUGGCUCCUGUAAGAAGUUGCUCACAACUCUCCCCAGCUCAGAGACAGACCCACUUCUGGGGCUGAGCCAAUUAGACGCCUCCAUGAUCACUUUUUAAGAAGCCGGAAGAGGAGGGUUCUUCCUCCAUCUUCCUCCAGAUGCAGAAUCAAACAGUCCGCUCCAAAAUACAUAGAAGAGGAGACAGAGAAGAGGAAGACAAACAGAAACUCAGAAAACAUCCCUCAUUUUGGUUGGAUAGUACUGAUGUACUUACCUGUUUCAGAUAAAGAGCAUGCAAAUACUGCAGGACUCAAUCUUUCCAUGCAGAAACCUGGCCAUGGGUGUUUAGUGGUGCCCGAUAGCACUUGUCAUUGCUAUAUUACAUUUGUCAGAAGACCUGCACCAAGUGGGUUUGGAGUUUUCCGUAAUCAAUGGUGAAACAUUUAGCUAUAAACUGAAGAGCAGUAAGCUGUGAUAGCACCUAAUAGUUUUGCUUAUUCCCCGUUUAUCUGCACAGGCCAAAAUACAAACAUUUCCAUUGCAGUGUCUUAAAGGAAUGUUUUCAUACAAGCACAAAAUAUACAAUUAAUUCUUUCAUUGUUAAAAGAAGAGGAAAUUCACUGUCUUGACGUCCAAGACCUGCUUCAGAGUGUUCUUGGUAAGAAUCAAAUAUUAAAAGGGAAUUCAGGUAUUUUUUACAGCCAUGCAAGCAGCUUCUUUCUUUGCAAGUCUCACUCCCCCUCGGAAAUCAGCUGUGCAAAAGGAGUGCAACGGUUUGUUUUCCCUUGGUUAGCCACUGCAUUCUGAAACACCGCAGUGCUGCUGAGCUGGAAUGUUUUGGUGCCUGCUUUUACAUCUCUUCACUCAUGCCCGCAGUCUCAUCGAGUGUCGGUAAAACAUGCAUAAGUGUGAAAGGAAUUGUGUGCUCAAACUGGGCCUAAAUUGCAGGGGUUUUUUUCAUAGUGUUACGUCUGCAAUGCUUUGUUGUAUCCGUGGUUCUUCAUUUUGAAAGAAAUCAAGUGCCAGCUGGAAUUAUAUCAUUUUCAACUUCUUUAUACUGAAGCAGUGCUGACAGUUAGUCAUAGUAUCAACGUGGUGUGCAUAUUGAUGUACGUGCAGCAUUCUUUUCCAUAGCUGAAAAGGUUUUGUUCUAUUUCAUGUUCAUUUUAAACGGCUGGUUUUAGUGUAGCUGAAUACAUCAGUAAUCUUGUUACAGUUUCUUUUUCUGAAAUUUAACCAAGCAGUAGCUAAGGAACUUGAAGUAAUCAGUUCUUAUGAAGCAAACACAUUUUUCGGGUCAGAGCGUGGUGUGUAGUACCAUCAAUCUUUGGCUCAAACAAAGUGUCCUAAUACUAUCGGUCAUGCUACUGAUUUGCCAAAAGAAGUAAUAGAAAGUAAUACAUGGUUCUUCCUCCUGAAGCUGGUUUACUGUUUUGGGGGGGUUAGCUUAGUAUAUUAAUGAUCUGUUACUUGAACAAACCUGUCUUCAUAUGAAUUGUGAAAAUGCAUGAGUGAAUGACUUAAUGGCAUAAAUACAUCAUCAACCACUUAUCCUACAGUGUGUACUUA